CCUUUUUUCACGUGCUGCCGGAAAGCAGCGUGUUUUAUUUGCCCGCGCUGCUUCAGAUAUAAACUUGCCCUUGUAGUGUCACUUGUUGGCGAAUCAUAGUUAAAUGCCUUACGAUUUCCAAAAAGAGGAAGAUGUUAAAGAAUUCCUUGAAAACUUGGGCAUUGAGUACCGUUUCGAGUGCUUCAAGGAGAAAAAGCCGGACGGGUGCCAUCGCCUGGGUGACUACCUGGAGGCUAUCAAGAAGGACUUCGCGCGUGCCUGCAAUGUGUACAAAAACAACUGCGAUGACUACAAGCACGGCAAGAGCUGUUUCAAGUACGCCAAUUACAGGCUCGUCGGCAAGGGCAGCGCGAUGGACAAGGUCGAGGCACAACGCUACUACCACCUUGGCUGCGAGGCGGGUUACGCGAAGGCGUGCUUCGGCGUGGGCCUCGGCCUCACCAGUCCGGACAGCGGGUUGGAACAAGACGUGUCUAAGGGACUCGCUUUCUUCUCCAAGGCGUGCGACAUGGGCUCGGCCGACGGCUGCUACUUCGCCAGCUCUCUUUACAUCACCGGAAGAGAGGAGCUGCCGCGCGAUAUGCGGCGUGCCUUCGAGUUCGCCGUGCGCGCCUGCGAUCUGAAGAACAUGCAGGCUUGCUCCAACGUGGCUCUAAUGUACGCCAGGGGACACGGGGUGAGGAAGGACGCCAGCCAGGCCGAGCGAUACCGAGCCAUCGUCAACGAUUACAACGAGCAGCUGAAGCAAAACAGGGGCAUCGAAAUGGAGCAGGGCAUCAAAGACUGACUGCCUGUAGGCUAGUGCUGCAGCACGGCUGCGGUGACGAAGGGACACCGUGUUGACAGACUAACAGUGUACCGCUCCGUAGCUCAAACACAGCCAUGGGAAAAACGUAGCCAUGAAACAUAGACGAGAAAAAUGGUGACAUGAUGCGAGCUUAAUGAGAGCAGAAUUUUGGGCAAGUUGGUAAUCCAUGUCUUCAGUACGACUGCGCAAAAAAAAAAGACACGGACAACUAGCCUAGUCCAAUGCCUUCGUAUAACGGAGGAGAAGACACAGUGGGUGUGUCUUCUUCUUCUCUCUUGUCCGUGUCUUCUUCUUUUGCGCAUUUGUACUGAAGUAGUGAUGCGAGCCGCGAUGUUGACUAAUUUUCGCAGUCAACGGAACAAGCAGACACUUCGAGAGGCCGAGCUCGUUAUUCCACCACUAUUCUCAUCUUCUGUUUUGCCACGAAUAGCCAGAGGCUCCAGUUGUGACGUGCUAGAGACAAAGUACGAAAAUUGUGAAAAAAGAAGGAGGCACUACCAAAACAGGUUGAACUCCAGUACGGUAGCUGAUUGGACGAGUCGGUACAUCUGCGCCUUGCAGCAAAACGGCAAGUUGGGCCAGUUGGUUGGGAUUCAUUUUUUCACUCGUUUACAGCGCAACACACACGAGGACAAUAGAAGGAAAACGGACAGCGCCGUGUCCGUUUUCAGUUUCAGUUUAUUUUCAACAUCAAGUUACAACGUACAGUGAUGUUGUGGGCAGUGGACAAAAAGCCUCUAAAAUGGGCUUGAAAGCGUCCACUGACCAUAGCCUUUGACAGGCAGCAGUACAAUGAAAUCUAAGA